AUGAAUAUCUCGCCCAAGAAGAGUUGGCACGUGCAGAACAAGAGCAGUGCCACCUGGGAGCUGUGUGAUGAGGCCCAGGCUGGGGAGGAGGAGAAGGAGCCUCCAGCUCCCGCGAAGAAGGGCGGCGAGAAGAAGAAGGGCCGUUCUGCCAUCAACGAGGUGGUGACCCGUGAGUACACCAUCAACAUCCACAAGCGCAUCCAUGGCGUGGGCUUCAAGAAGCGUGCCCCUCGGGCACUCAAAGAGAUCCGGAAGUUUGCCAUGAAGGAGAUGGGGACUCCGGAUGUGCGCAUUGAUACCAGGCUCAACAAACCCGUCUGGGCCAAAGGAAUAAGCAAUGUCCCAUACCGCAUCCGCGUGAGGUUGUCCAGAAAACGUAAUGAGGAUGAAGAUUCCCCAAACAAGCUCUACACUUUGGUUACCUACGUACCUGUCACCACUUUCAAAAAUCUACAGACAGUCAAUGUGGACGAGAACUGAUUAAAGUUGUAAAACUGCCAAAAAAAAAAAAAA